ACCUAAGGGACCCAAGAGAAAAAUGAUGAGAAAGUGGUGCAAGACAAAGUCAUCGAGGCAGACACGAGAGCAACCUGGGCCGGGGAAGAUUCUGGGGUCCGGAGUGGGUGUUCUUCCCGGACAAUCACCGGCCACCCGAGUUCACGGUGGCGACAAUUGGAAGACCCGCCCCUUGCAGCACUCCCGGCCACUAGCCGCGCCCCGCGGAGCUGUGACCUCCAAAGCGGGUCCCUUGGCGAUCCCGCCUCUUCGACGAGACAUUCGCACCUUUGAUUGGCUUCUAGUGGGAUCCCUCAAUGUGGCUUGCCCAAUGGAAGGCCCGGCCGGUGGCCCGGACGCUCCACCCCUCCCCCGCCCCUCGCGGAGGGCCCGCCCCUGCCUCGCGCCCGGGAGCGGAGGAGAGUAAAUACAACAGGAGCGCAAAAUGGCGGAACCGCCGAGCUCAGUGCACUGCGCUGCUGUCGCCGCCGCUGCCGUCUCGGAGAAAGAACCGUUUGGCAAGGUGCAGCCCGCCUCCCGGGACCCAAUGGGUCCUCUGUCCGCCAAGAAGGUGCGGACUGAGGAGAAGAAGGCGCCGCGGAGACUCAACGGAGAAGGGGGCAGCGGCGGGAACAGCAGGCAGCUGCAGCCGCCCGCGGCACCUUCGCCUCAGAGCUAUGGCAGCCCCGCGUCUUGGAGCUUCGCCGCUCUGUCUGCUGCCCCCUCCCCUUCUGCUCGCAGCAGUUUCUCUUUCUCCGCUAGCACGGCCGUCCCCUCCUCAGCCUCCGCUUCCUCCUCUCAGCCCGUGCAGCGCAAACUGCUGGUCCCUCCUACGCUGCUGCACGCCCAGCCUCACCAUCUCCUGCUGCCGGCCGCCGCCUCCUCGGCCAGCGCCAAGCCGCGCAGACCCAAGGAGAAGCGAGAGAAGGAAAGGAGGAGGCACGGCCUCGGCGGGGUGGGCGAGGCCGGCGGGGCAGCCCGGGAGGAGAACGGGGAGGUGAAGCCGCUGUCGCGAGAUAAAAUCAAAGACAAAAUUAAAGAGAGAGAUAAGGAAAAAGAGAGAGAAAAAAAGAAGCAUAAAGUCAUGAAUGAGAUCAAAAAAGAAAAUGGAGAAGUAAAGAUUUUGCUGAAAAGUGGGAAGGAGAAACCAAAAACAAAUGUAGAAGAUUUACAGAUUAAAAAGGUAAAGAAGAAAAAGAAAAAGAAACACAAAGAGAAUGAAAAACGGAAGCGUCCAAAAAUGUAUAGCAAAUCGAUUCAAACCAUCUGCUCAGGAUUGCUAUCUGAUGUGGAAGAUCAAGAAGCCAAAGGCAUCCUAAAUGAUAACAUAAAGGAUUACAGUGGAAAGAAUUUGGAUAUCAAGAGCUAUGAUUCCAAAAUUCCAGAGAACAGUGAGUUUCCAUUUGUCUCAUUAAAGGAGCCACGGGUUCAGAAUAACCUCAAAAGGUUGGACACGUUGGAGUUCAAACAGCUCAUUCAUAUUGAGCACCAGCCUAAUGGAGGUGCGUCAGUUAUCCACGCCUACAGUAAUGAACUCUCCCACCUGUCUCCCGUGGAGAUGGAGAGGUUUGCAGAAGAGUUUGUGGGUCUAGUAUUCAGUGAAAAUGAAAACUCGGCCGCUUUUUAUGUAAUGGGUAUUGUUCAUGGGGCAGCUACCUAUUUACCUGACUUUUUAGACUACUUUUCAUUUAAUUUUCCCAAUUCGCCAGUGAAAAUGGAGAUACUGGGAAAGAAGGAUAUAGAGACAACGACUAUGUCCAAUUUUCAUGCUCAGGUAAAAAGAACGUAUUCUCACGGUACUUACAGAGCUGGCCCAAUGAGACAAAUCAGCUUGGUGGGAGCAGUUGAUGAAGAAGUGGGAGAUUACUUCCCUGAGUUCCUUGACAUGUUGGAAGAUUCACCAUUUUUAAAAUGUACACUGCCAUGGGGGACACUAUCUAGUCUAAAACUAGAGAGUCGAAAAGAUAGUGAUGAUGGUCCCAUCAUGUGGGUACGCCCAGGAGAACAAAUGAUCCCUGUGGCUGAUAUGCCAAAGUCACCUUUCAAAAGGAAAAGAACUACCAAUGAAAUAAAAAACCUGCAGUACCUACCUCGAACUAGUGAGCCCCGUGAGAUGCUCUUUGAAGACAGGACAAGAGCUCAUGCAGAUCAUAUAGGACAAGGUUUCGAACGACAGACUACAGCUGCUGUUGGAGUGUUGAAGGCUGUGCACUGUGGAGAGUGGCCUGAUCAACCACGAAUAACCAAAGAUGUGAUUUGUUUUCAUGCUGAAGAUUUCUUAGAAGUAGUUCAACGAAUGCAGUUAGAUUUACAUGAACCUCCACUGUCCCAGUGUGUCCAAUGGGUUGAUGACGCAAAACUUAAUCAACUGAGGAGGGAAGGCAUUCGCUAUGCCAGGAUUCAGCUGUAUGAUAAUGACAUUUAUUUUAUUCCAAGGAAUGUUGUUCAUCAGUUCAAGACAGUCUCAGCUGUAUGCAGUUUAGCAUGGCAUGUUCGGCUCAAGUUAUACCACUCAGAGGAGGCCACUGUUCAGAACACAGCUACUCAUGAAACGGGCACAUCACAAGAUUCUGUGUCAUCAGUUCUUGGACCUCACACUGACAACAUGAUUUGUGCUGUAAGCAAAACCUCCUUGGAGUCUGUUUUUUCAGACAAACUGCAUUCUAAAUAUGAAGUACAGCAGAUUAAACAUGAACCUCCUGCAUCUGUUAGAAUCAGUGAAGAACCUGUGAAUGUUUAUGUUCCUGAAAAGACUAGAGCACCGAAUAAUGUGGAUGGCAAGAAUGUUAAAGCAAAAUUGGAUCAUGUUCAAUUUACAGAAUUUAAGAUUGACCACGUGGACUCCAAAUUUGAAAAUAGCAACAAAGACUUAAAGGAAGAAUUGUGCCCUGGAAGUCUCAUAAGUCUAGUUGAUACAAGGCAACAUAGUUCAGCACAUUCAAAUCAAGAUAGAAAAGAUGAUGACAUUUUGUGCUAAAUUUGUACAUACCAUUUAAAAUCCUUUUUUAAAAACUUAAUAAUGUAAUAAAGAUUCAUGAAUUCUGAAAGCAAGCCAAGGACUUGCUCCUAAGUCUGUUACAGAAUAAGUUUAUGUAGCUUUGUAACAUUCCUCAGUGCCUGUCCAUAACUGUGAAGUAUCAAAGCACUUAGGGCCAGAUGCACUGUAAACGUUGCAGGUUUAAACAGUCUUUAAACAGUCAUUUGAGUUGGAGUUGUAGGUUUUAGAAUAGAGCUGACAUUAACAUACAUAUAUAUAUAUGUUACAUACAUAUACACACACAUGUUGUAUAUGCGUGUGUGUGUGUGUAUGUGUAUAUAUAUAUAUGUAUGUAACACAUAUAUAUAUUUUGUAAUAUGAGCCAGAAUUCUUUUUUGACAAUUUAAGGCUUUUCCAUAGAGCUUAUUUAUACCUUUUUUUUUUUCAUUUUAAAUGUGUCAGCACUGUAGUGUAAAUAGCUUUAAAAAAUUUUUAGUGUUGAUUUAUACUGAAAUGUGAGCCACUUAAUAAAGGUUCAUAAUAAAUGUUUUUUUGUUGGGUCUG